CAGUCCGCCACUCGCGAUAACGAGGGCAGCGGCGGCGGAAAGGCGGAGGCGGAAAAGGCGGGCGCAGUUUGCCGCUUCCGCGUCCGCGCAACAGAAGCAGAAUCCAAAAAUACAACGGCAAAAUGGAAGAUAAGUUAAUUUUGGCUGUAUUCAAUUACCCAGAGCUCUACAAUGUCACUUUACCGAAUUACCGCUGCACGGAAAGUCGGAUAAACGCGUGGAGAAACAUCAGCGUAGCGCUCGGUUAUCCAUCCCAGGAUUGCAAAAGAAAAUGGAAAAACCUGAGAGACCGGUACCUGAAGGAAGUCCGAAUGGAGCUCAAAAGCAAGAAGCAGGGAGAGUUUGUACAAAGUAAAUGGAAAUACAGACAUCUGAUGAAUUUUAUAGCCCCCUUCACCGGAUCCAGAGUCGGAAUAACGGAUGGAAAUGGCAACACAGAGGAUGACAACCCUGAACAUGAAUGUGGUGCUGCAGAGGGAGACACCGCCCUGCCGCAGGCCAUUAAAACGACUCAGAGUAUCACAAAGGUUGCUGCAAGUCCGUCGGAGCAAAAACCUUCGUUGGCCUUUGUAACACAACUUCCCACUUUGUCUCAGGACACUGAGCUGACUCAGCUGGCCAUGGUGGCCAAGAUGGCCCCCAUUUCUCAGAUAACCUCCACCAACAGCACUGGACGGAAGCGGACUUUGCUGUCAGAGUCGGUGUUGCCAUCUUCUCAGAGCACGGACUCGUCAGCAAAGUGGCUGAAAGAAGGCGGCGCCUCGUUUUCCACCAGGCUGCGGCAGGAUGAGGACGAACUGUUCCUCCUGAGCUUCGUUCCCGCUCUGAAGCGACUGGCCCCACAGAAAAGGUGCGAGACAAAAAUGAAGAUCCAGCAGAUCAUGUACGAAGCAGAAUUUAACGUGCAGGAAAAAAAGUCCCCACAAGAGACGUAAAAUGAAAGGGAGACUGUUGUUUUUUUAAUGCAACAUGGUCCCACUUUGUUCAGACAUUUUCUUUCAUAUAAAUUAAAUAAACUUUGGUGUGUUUUUUUA